UGGGCGGAGUUUAGUUGAAGAUCGAAUUCGGAUUCGGUUGGCGGGCGCGGCCAUCUUGGUGAAUUAGUGACCUGGCGAUUCGGAUAUAGUUAGUGAAAAAUCAUUUGUCAUCCACAAUGUCGGAAAGGGAAGAUAAUGUGUAUAAAGCUAAGUUAGCCGAGCAGGCUGAGCGUUACGAUGAAAUGGUAGAGGCGAUGAAGAAUGUGGCCUCCCGCAAUGUUUCCGACAAUGAGCUAACAGUGGAGGAGCGGAACCUGCUGUCCGUGGCAUACAAGAAUGUCAUCGGUGCCCGCCGGGCCUCGUGGAGGAUUAUCUCCUCUAUUGAACAGAAGGAAGAAACAAAAGGCGCGGAGGACAAGCUGAGCAUGAUCCGCGCAUACCGCUCCCAGGUAGAGAAGGAGCUCCGGGACAUCUGCUCCGACAUCCUCGCCGUGCUCGACAAGCACCUCAUCCCCGCCUCGCAGACCGGCGAGUCCAAAGUGUUCUACUACAAAAUGAAGGGUGACUACCACCGGUACCUGGCAGAAUUCGCAACGGGCAACGACCGCAAGGAGGCGGCCGAGAACUCGCUCGUUGCGUACAAGGCCGCCUCCGACAUCGCCAUGACGGAGCUGCCGCCCACACACCCGAUCCGGCUCGGCCUCGCGCUCAACUUCUCAGUAUUCUACUACGAGAUCCUGAACAGCCCGGACCGCGCGUGUCGCCUGGCCAAGGCGGCGUUCGACGACGCCAUCGCCGAGCUGGACACGCUCUCCGAGGAGAGCUACAAGGACUCCACCCUCAUCAUGCAGCUGCUGCGCGACAACCUCACGCUGUGGACCUCCGACAUGCAGGGCGACGCGGAGGGUGAGGCCGAACAGAAGGAGCAGACACAAGACGCGGAGGACCAGGACGUGUCGUAAUACCUUUCAGCGUUCUAUUUAAAUAUAAUAACAAAAAUAAAUAUAGUACGAUGUAAGAGCCAGCCCUCGAUGACAACCGGUCGAACCUCUCGCUCCCCCCCCCCCACACCUGCCGACCACACCGACCCACACACCUAUCUGUACGAUCGUCAUUUUCGUUUAUGUAUUGUGUCAAAUUAUAUACGAGUAAUAUUAUGAAUAUGUACCUACUUGUUUUGAUAAAUUUGUUUUCGAUUACGAUGAAUAAUGUUAAGGAUACUUUCCUUUGGUAUUGCAUUUUAACUGUACGUUGUUAAGAAUGUAUUUUCUUAUCACUUCGGAUGAUCUCCGCGCUCGCCGCGUUUACAUUCUGGUUCUAUUAAGGUGGGAAUUGUAAAUUUUCUAAGUAUUUUAUACCGCGUGUAAAGUAUUUAACUCCGUUGUGACUUAGCACCGUAGCGACAAUUAACGAUACAAUUAUGAAAGCAUUUAGUUUGGACUAUCGGGACUAUGGCGCGCCGCGGAGCUCUGCACAAAUAUAGUCGUUUUAUACGUACUCCCGUACUGUGCUCGCCCGAGCUGCGGUCCCGCGUGGCGGGUCCCGCGACGCGAGCAGCGCACCCGCCACGCGGGACCGGCCGCGAGUCCUCCCGCCUCGCCGUGAGCAUUCGAUACGUCGUUCAUUACAUAACAUAUAUUUUAUCUGUAACUUACAUUAUUAGGGUGGUAUUCGUAGUGACUUGCAAUAUUUAGCUAAGUGAUAGUGGCGUCACCUGUCGCUCUUCAUGUAUCGUAUCUCGUACGGGCGUACCGCGUUACAUACAUUACAUACCUCCUUGUGUAUUUAUUGCAACAUUAUAAUGCGUUUGUGUAAAUUGUGACUACUGUGUAGUACUGUACUGGUGUUGUUGAACAAAGACGUGCCGGCCCGUCUGCCGGACGGUCCGGCGUCGUGCCGGACGGUUCGGUAGUCGCACCGGACGCGGUCCGGUCCGCCGGACGCCGCCGGACGGGCUGCGCUCGUUAGAUAAAGACAUUGUCGAUGUACCCGCUUCGUUCGUAUUACAACUUUUGGAGUAUUCACACUGAAUUGCUUUAAUUACUUACGAGUAUUGUGAUAGAGAUUUUGUAUAUUUUAAUUUAUUUUUUUUAAUUUCGCACGUCAUUCGGAAAUAUUUCGCCGUAGCGCUAAAUCUCUUACAAUUUUAACAGGACGAACCGUAGUUCUAGAGUUGUGCUAGGAUAAGGUAAUGCACUUGGGAGAAAUUAUUUAUUUGAAAUGAACUGCUCCCGGGGCGGCGGCCCGCCCUCGGGGCCCCCGGGCCCCUCGGUGGGUCCGGGGGGCCCCUCGGGGGGUCCGGGGGGCCCCGCGGCGGGCCCCUCAGGCCCCCCGGGCCCCGCGGGGGCGCCUACAUUCCAUCUCCGCGCGUGCGGCGGCCCCACCGCCGCCGACCAACAAGCGUGGGAACGAGUGCGUGCCCGAGUAAGAUAUUAGCGUUAUUUUUAAUUGAAUUUGUAAUAUUGCAUAUAUUUUUGUUAAUUUAUCCACAAAAAAAAAAUACUGAUGCAAUUAGCCUUAGUGUUAUGCAAUAUUGAUUUAUGUCCUACCAACUACAUUGAAAUUUAUUGUAAAUGACAGUGUAAAUCUAAUAAUAAAAAUUCAAAAGUCCA